GAAAGCCAAGGGAAAGUGCUGAAGAUGAUCCUUGAGCAGUUAGAAAGAUAAAAGGGAGAUGAUACAGAGGAGAGGGGUUUUAAAAAGAUAGAUGAUGAAAUUGUCAAUGAAAAUGUUGAGAGUGAAGACAUUGAUAAUAAAAACAUGGGGAAGGAUACCAUUUUGGAACAAGACGGCUCUGACCAUGAAGAUGUGGGAAAGGAUGCUACUUCCAAAUAUGAUGACAAUGAUCUCGGUCAUGUUGACACCACAGUCAGUAAUGAGGGAGAUGAUAAAAUCAAAGAAGGUAUGAGAGAUGAAAGAAGCAUUGAGACUUUGCCUAAGUUGUCUGAAACACAGUUCAGUGAUCAGUUCCUUGAACAAAUGGACAAAGAAGUGAAUGCUAUUUUGAAAGGCACAAUUGAAGGAAAUAUCUUUGAGAAGGAAGGUGGAUCUGAUAUGGAGCCCGCGGCAAAUGCGAAUUUCGAGAAAGUGCAGAUGGAUUCUACAAUUGAUGAACAAGGAAUCACUUUGCGUGAAGAGGGGGUGGAUAUAAAAGGGAAAUGUAUGGAUGUGGAUGCUGCAACUAAAGAGCUUGUUGAGCAUGUGAAAAUGGAUACGAUAAUUGAUGCACAACCAAUAAGUGAAUACAAUGGAAAUGCUGAAAAUGAAGCCCCUUGUGUGCUGACACGUAAGAUCGUGAUUGGACCAUUCAGCCUGAACCCUAAGGAAAUGCUCCCACAAGAAGAUAUUGAUAAACUUAAGACAUUCCUUGAAUGUGGUAUGUUGAAGAGGAAGGCCAGAACAGGAGUCAGAAAGAUUUAUACAAAAGGAGAUGAAAACAUGACAAAGAAGCCUAUCGUACUGGAUAAAUUCAUAAUCAGCAGCAAAACAUGGCUUUAUGAUCUCUUCAUGGAUCAAGAGUGGCUGGAUACACUGCAUAUGGAGGUUGGCAUGUUUUACUUGGAGGUGAAAAGAUUCAACUACAAGCUCACACAAACAUACUCAACUGUGACACCUUUUUUCCUGGAAUGUCUUAAGCGGCAUCAAGAUGACAUUGACAAGAAAAUUAAAAACAAAGAAGAUGUUGGAAGCGUUUCAAACUUGACAGCUGAAGUGUUUGGUUUUGCAAGAACGUGUGCUUUCCCUUGGGCCCGAUCAGAUUUUGUCUAUAUGCCACUGAAUACUAGGGGGCAUUGGGUACUUCUAGUGUUAGCGAUGGAGUCCAAAAUAGUAUGGGUUUAUAAUUCAAAGGGAGGGAGAUCUCUUAAAGACAUUGCUGAAUAUAGCACUUGCAUCAAAUGCCUUCUACCCAAGUUAAUGGAUUUGUGUGAUGUCUACAUUAAUCAUCCUACUGGACCAAUGGGAGACAACAAGCUUGAUUUGAAGGCUGCAGAUUUUUACCCACAACAGACUGAUGCUGGGAAUUGUGGUAUGUUUGUGCUUAAAAUUGCAGAGUACCUCAUGAUGGAUAUGGACAUUAUUAGGGACAUUCGUACAGAUCAAAUGGCAUCAUAUAGGAUGAAGAUGGCUACAGAGCUAGUUUGAUUUGCAGAGUCAAAUAUGGCUGCAAAGGAGUGACUAUAAAACAUAUUGAUGUUAUUAUCUGUUUUGUGUAUUGAGCUGGUUGAAAACUCUAUUGCUAUUUUUGAUUUGUAUGAUGAAACCUUUUGUGUAUGACAACAAUUCAUAUGGUCAGUGAUGGUCAUUGGCAUAUUGGAUUGUGACUUAGUUUCAUUCUGUACUAGAAUUCUGUGUUUGGGGUACAUGUGCCUUUGUUGUGUUUUGAAGUAAUGUGAAAGUGAAACUGUUGAAAUUGUGUUGUGUUAAAUGUGUUUUUUAAAUCAAUUCUAGUGAAAUAA